CUCCGAUACGAAACAUCAGUGCACCGUCAAUUGCCGCGAACUUUGUCUCUGCUUGUGUGGGACCGAGACGGAACGCGCAACAGUGGACGGGGAAGUCGUCAUGAUUUAGAUCCGCUGGCGGCGCGACAGCACUUUUUACUCACUUUAUUCCCUGUCCGGACGUCUGCUACGCUCGCCCAUUCGUUUGUUCGAGUCGAUCGAGUGUCUUUACCGCAUUCGCAGCGCUUCGCAGCGUAAUGCCGCAUUCUCAUUCCGCGUCGCUUUCGACCGGCUCCCACAUUCGGGCUGCGUCACAAUCUCGCUCGUCGUCCGGUCGAACUUUUGCCGAAUCGAACAGCGGCACGGGACAGGGCGAAACCGAGAAGUUCCCCGACUUCGACGACGGCCAUCUGUUUCCAAGCGGGCAAACUCCAGGCCAGCGCUGGCAGCAGAACGGCUUUGCUAAUGGAAAUGGCAAUGCUGCAAACUCGGGCAGCCGGCAUGCUCGCAGGGAUAGCAGGGUGAGAUGGGCUCCCCGAGAACCCAUCUCUGGCCCGUCGGGCCACGGCCGGAUGAGCAGCAUCAGCAAUACCGUGCACAGAAUGCGCUCGGCCAGUAUGAGCCAGAAUGCACACGAGAUUGCAGAAGCCCUUCGCGCACCCGUCUCGUGGAAGUUAAUAGCGUUGUGCGUUAUGUGGUACUGGUCGUCCGCCCUGACCAACACGUCCUCCAAGGCGAUCCUCACAGCUUUCGACAAGCCGGCGACCUUGACCAUGGUCCAGUUCGCCUUUGUCUCGUCAUACUGCCUCCUGUUCUCCUUCCUGGCAUCCACCUUUCCCCAACUGCGUGCCGCCGUCCCGGCACUCAGACAUCCGAUUCGGUAUCCCUCCCGAGACGUGAUCAGGACGACACUACCGCUCGCAGCCUUCCAAAUAGGGGGCCACCUCCUAAGCUCCAACGCCACCUCCAAGAUCCCUGUUUCCCUCGUGCACACUAUCAAGGGUCUCUCUCCGCUUUUCACUGUCCUGGCCUACCGCUUCAUCUUCGACAUUCGGUACCCCAAGGCGACAUACUUCUCCCUCAUCCCGCUCACGAUUGGCGUCAUGCUCGCCUGCUCAGGCCACCGCUCCUUCGGCGGCCAAUUCCUUGGCAUUCUCUACGCCCUGCUUGCCGCCAUCAUCUUUGUAACCCAAAACAUAUUUUCCAAGCGUCUCUUUAACGAGGCGGCGCGCGUAGAGCAAGAAGGGCCCAACGCCCAAUCCCGCAAGCUCGACAAGCUCAACCUGCUCUGCUACUCGUCAGGCAUGGCCUUUCUUCUCACAGGCCCCAUCUGGCUGUGGUCUGAAGGUAUCGACAUCAUCGGCGACUUCCUAUGGGACGGCAGCGUGGACCUGAUCCAGAGCCCCAACUCGCUCGACCACGGGCCGCUGGUGCUCGAGUACAUCUUCAACGGCACCUUCCACUUUGCCCAGAACAUCCUCGCUUUUGUCCUACUGUCCAUGGUUUCGCCCGUCACGUACUCGGUCGCGUCGCUCAUCAAGCGCGUCUUCGUCAUCAUCAUCGCCAUCAUCUGGUUCCGCAGCCCGACCACAAAGGUCCAAGCCGCCGGCAUUGCGCUGACCUUUCUGGGGCUGUACCUGUACGAUCGCAGCAACGAGAAGAACAAGGCCGACCAGCGCGCGCGGUCCAUGACGGAGACGAGGUUGAAGCAGGACGCUACCCUCCUCCCGCUGACCACCAAGCAUGCCGCUCCCCCGGGGGUGGGCGGCCAGAUGAACGGGUCGGCGGCGAUGGUGUUUGAAAACCCCGUGGCCGUGGUCGAGACAGCAGCGGCAACGGGACAUGUCUACACGCCGGGCAGCGCGGCGGCGGCGGCGUUUGCGUCGAGCAGUGUCGUGAAAGACAACAAGAAGUCGGAUGAUGUGGGCGGACGCGCCGGCGGGCGGAAUCGUGGGGCCAGCAAUGCCGCCUGGCGGCCGCCAGGGACGAGGCAGGAGGAUACCUGGCGGAGCGGGGACGGGCAGGCGAUGGCUGCUAGGUAGCGGGACAUGUGUUAACGAGAGCAAGCUUGUGUUGGGUUCAUGAUAUUAGGAUGGGAUGUCUGGUUGGGUAUGAUUCAGUGGGUGGCAUUGGGAAGAGUCCCGGUGCCGACCUGUGCUAGAUGUUUUCUCCCAUCGUAUACACCGAGGGCUACUAGAGGCGUUUUUGCACGGUUAUUGUUUUGAAAACUAAGGGGGCUGGACAGUUCGUUGUAUGAGUAUCAUGCAUAAAAUAGAGCUGCAUCUCACACUGAU